AUGGCAACUUUGGAAGAAUUGGAGUCGCAGCAAAACCCGGGCGAAAUCGAAAUUGAUCAAGAGAUAUUGAAUCUACCCACAGGAGAGCUCCAGACAAGAACCAAACUUCUAGACAAUGAAAUUCGGAUAUUUAGAUCAGAGUUGCAAAGAUUGUCGCACGAAAAUAGUGUGAUGCUCGAGAAGAUCAAGGACAAUAAGGAAAAAAUCAAAAACAAUCGCCAGCUACCCUAUUUGGUGUCCAAUGUGGUUGAGAUCAUGGAUAUGGAUGAAUUGGAAGACGAACAGCAACGAGAAUCGGCCACGCAAGGUGGGAACGUGAAUUUGGAUAACGCUGCAACCGGUAAAGCGGCGGUGGUGAAAACAUCAUCGAGGCAAACGGUUUUUCUGCCUAUGGUAGGGCUGGUUGACCCUAAUACUUUGAAACCUAACGAUUUAGUGGGUGUUAACAAAGACUCCUAUUUGGUGCUCGACACUUUACCGUCCGAAUUUGACUCGCGUGUCAAAGCCAUGGAAGUAGACGAAAAACCCACAGAAACGUAUUCGGACGUUGGUGGUCUUGACAAGCAGAUCGAAGAAUUGGUCGAAGCUAUCGUGCUUCCUUUAAAACAAGCCGAAAAGUUUACAAAUAUGGGAAUUAGAGCUCCUAAAGGUGCUUUGAUGUAUGGUCCACCCGGUACUGGUAAGACAUUACUAGCAAGAGCGUGCGCCGCUCAAACGAAUGCCACUUUCCUAAAAUUAGCUGCACCACAGCUGGUGCAAAUGUUUAUUGGUGAGGGUUCCAAGCUCGUGCGUGACGCGUUUGCUCUAGCAAAGGAAAAAGCACCUACGAUCAUAUUCAUCGAUGAGCUGGACGCCAUCGGUACAAAACGUUUUGACUCCGAGAAAUCUGGUGACAGAGAAGUGCAAAGAACUAUGUUGGAACUUCUCAACCAACUGGAUGGGUUCGGGUCCGAUGACAGAGUUAAAGUACUCGCGGCCACCAAUAGAGUGGACGUCUUGGAUCCGGCUUUGUUGAGAUCCGGUAGACUGGAUAGAAAGAUCGAGUUCCCACUGCCCUCUGAGGAUUCUAGGGCUCAAAUCCUACAAAUUCAUUCCAGAAAAAUGACAACAGACGAUUCUAUAAAUUGGCAGGAACUUGCAAGAUCAACAGAUGAAUUUAACGGUGCUCAGCUGAAAGCGGUUUCAGUGGAAGCAGGAAUGAUAGCAUUGAGAAAUGGCCAAAGCGAAGUUAAGCAUGAAGAUUUUGUUGAAGCCAUUGGCGAAGUCCAAGCGAGGAAAUCCAAGUCCGUAUCUUUCUACGCAUGA